AUGGCUGGUCCGGGCACUGCUGAGGCUCCGAGACGUGCUCAUCUUUACGUCGGAAACCUCAGCCCCCGUGUCACGGAGUAUAUGCUCACGGAAAUCUUUGCUGUCGCUGGCCCUGUUCAGCACGUAAAAAUCAUCCCCGACCGUAACUAUCAGCAUGGUGGUCUCAACUAUGGCUUUGUCGAGUACAUGGACAUGCGUGCCGCCGAGACUGCCCUCCAGACGCUCAACGGCAGAAAAAUAUUCGACACCGAAAUCAGAGUCAACUGGGCUUAUCAGGGCUCGACGGCCAAGGAGGACACCUCCGGCCACUUCCACGUCUUCGUUGGCGACCUCUCCCCAGAGGUCAAUGAUGCCGUCCUCGCCAAGGCAUUUUCCGCCUUCGGCACCCUUUCCGAUGCUAGAGUCAUGUGGGAUAUGAACUCUGGCAAGUCCCGCGGCUAUGGUUUCCUUGCCUUCCGCGAUAAAACGGACGCUGAGCAGGCCAUCGCGACGAUGAAUGGCGAAUGGCUAGGCUCGCGCGCCAUCCGUGUCAACUGGGCGAACCAGAAGACUCAGGGUGCCCCUGCUCCGCGCCCUACCGGAGCUGGCGGUGCCCCAGCGCCCAUUAACUUCCAGGGUGGUCCCCUUUCGUACGAGACAGUCGUCCAACAGACUCCGGCCUACAACACGACGGUCUACGUCGGGAAUCUCGUACCUUAUUGCACGCAGGCCGACUUGAUUCCACUCUUCCAAUCCAUCGGCUAUCUGUCAGAGAUCCGCAUGCAGGCAGACCGCGGUUUCGCUUUUGUCAAGCUAGAUACGCACGAAAAUGCUGCCAUGGCCAUUGUUCAGUUGCAGGGCCAAAUGGUGCACGGACGACCGAUCAAGUGCAGCUGGGGUAAAGAUCGUGCCGACGGUGGAACCGUACAGCCUGCAGCCGCUAUCAGCCCGAACCCCGCAGCGGCUCCUUAUGGCAACGUGGACAUGCAGUCUGCUCCUUAUGGUAUGCCUCAAGCGAAUACCUAUGGUCAAUAUGGCUUCCCCGGAUAUCCUGGCUUUGGUGCCGCGGGUGCUACAGGCGCAGCGCCAGGUAUGCCUUCUCCAGCAGCUGGUGCCGCUGCUGGCACUGCUGCAGGGGCUACCGCUGCUCCAGGAACUGAUGCCAACGCUGCUGCACAAGGAGCGCAAGCGCAGUGGGGUAGCAACCCUAGUCAGUACUACAACUAUUGGGGUGGUUACUAUGGACAACCUGCUGCGGCUGGCCAAGCUGACACUAACCAGGCUUCCUGA